CUCAGCCUCUGUCAGAGCAAAGCUUCAGCUGAAACAUGAGUGGACGAGUGGGAGACUUGAGCCCGGGACAGGCGGUAAUCUUAACAGAGUUUCGUGGGAGGAUCCAGGACAUCCUCCCCAACCUGCCUGCACAGCACGACCACUACCUCCUCCGCUGGCUCAGAGGGCCUGGAACCCUAGGUUGGAAACCACUGGACUAAACUGUGGUUGAAAGCAGCUUGGGUAGCUGCAGCAGUGAAAUGCUGCUGAAGCUUCGAUGACUCAGGACUAACGAUCAGAGAUCAGUUGAACCCGUAGUUUCAAUGUUGUGAAAGCUGAAGCCAUGAUCAGAAAGCAUGUGGAGUUCAGGAGGCAGAUGAAAGUAGACACCAUCAUCUCGGACUGGAAGCCUCCAGAGGUGAUUGAGAAGUAUGCGUCCGGAGGUAUGUGUGGUUAUGACAGAGAGGGGAGCCCCAUCUGGUACGAUGUGAUUGGUCCUCUGGAUCCCAAAGGUCUGCUGCAGUCAGCCACCAAACAGGACUUGCUGAAGACCAAGAUCAGACACACGGAGAUGCUGCGACAAGAGUGUCAGAGGCAGUCGGAGAAGUUGGGGAGGAACAUUGAAGCCAUCACUCUGAUCCACGACUGUGAAGGCCUGGGACUGAAACACAUAUGGAAACCUGCUGUUGAGACAUAUGGAGAGAUCCUCACCAUGUUUGAGGAGAACUAUCCAGAGGGUCUGAAAAGGGUCCUUCUUAUCAAAGCUCCUAAAUUGUUUCCCAUGGCCUACAACCUGAUCAAGCACUUCCUCUGUGAGGAAACAAGGAACAAGAUCAUCGUUUUAGGAAGUAACUGGCAAGAGGUUUUACGUAAACAUAUUGACCCAGAGCAGCUUCCUGUGGUGUAUGGAGGAACCCUGACUGAUCCCGAUGGAGACCCCAGCUGCAGAACCAUGAUCAAGUACGGUGGUACAGUGCCCAGGUCCUACUAUGUUCAGGACAUGGUGAAGGUUCAGUACGACAAUAGCGUGACCAUCAGCCGCGGCUCUGUCUUCCAGCUGGAGUGUGCUGUCACUGCACCCAGCAGCCGCCUGAGGUGUCAGUUUGCCAGUGAAGGAGCAGAUAUCGGGUUCGGAGUUUACAGACAGACCAAAGACGGCGGCGGUCAGAAAGUAGCUGAGAUGCUGCAGGUGCUGCCCAGUGAACGCUACAAUGCACAUCUGGUCCCUGAAGACAGCUGGCUCACCUGCCCUGAGCCUGGAGUCUACGUGCUGUGCUUUGAUAACAGCUACAGCAUCCUUCAGUCUAAGAGGGUGAGCUACAAAGUCGAGGUUCUUCCUCCUCCUCUGGACGGACAGAUGCAGAAUCCUCACAGCAGAGGAGACGGGAGGCUGCAGUGAUCGAGUCCUCACGUGAAAAUCACAGAUCCCUGAUCAGUGCUCCUGCCUCUGGGAUGGAUUAACCCUCUUUCGGGUAAACUGGACAAAAAAUGACCAGUGGACUAGUAACCUCUCUACCCCCCCAACCCCCCCAGUUCAUUGUGUAUGUAUUAGUUUGUAAUUAGAGUUACUUGAUUAAAGAGUAUCUGAACAGCAGGAAAAGCUAAUUUCACUUGUGACCAAACCGAGCAUCACUGAUCUGUGUUUGGUUGUGUGGCAGUCUUUACAUGACCAGGCUCUAGUUAUGUGGGGAAAUGAAAACCUGCACAUAUCGUACAUUCAGCAGAUCACUAGGUGGAUUUCACUCGUAACCCCAAACAUGACGUCCAUAUUCUAAUGGUUGAAGUCUUGUUGCGUCUGAGCAAAAAAGCGUUGAACAGCUACAACGGGUCAAUUGUUCAGUGGUGAAAACUGACUUCAACAGGAGAAAUGGAUCUGGGGAAAUCAAGUUUCUAAAAUCCCCCAGCCAGAUUACACAAACCAGGCUUUUGUUUACAGGAAGUCACUUAAAGGUGCUGCUAUAUGUAGGUUUUUGCUGUCGCUAUAGCCAAUAUUAGCAUUAAUGAAUAGCUGUUUACUUACUGGUAAUUCACAGUAAUCUGAGCUCACCAUCACACUUCAUUCCUUAACUCACUGAAUCACUAACGCACAUUUUAUUUCUGCUUCUAUGACUUCUGUCUGUUACAAUGUUUUAUAUUCGUGUAAACACAACAAUACCUGAAGCUCCUGGCAAGUGACCACAGGCUCCGAGAAAUCGACUGUAAGCUGGUUGUUAGAGGGUAUGCAAACAGACUGGGUGAUGUCACGGUGCACUGACGCACUCUGCCUCACCACAGCCAGCUGAGAGGACAAACCACAGGAGACUGGCCUUAACAAAAAGUUUCACCUUUUGUUAUGUCGCUAUUUAAACACAUGUAUUUCAGAGCAUGUAAACAGGAGCUCAACUGAAAUAAUAAAGGCUUUAAGAUUUUUAUUUUUACAUUUUAACUCAGGGUGUGAUUUGUUGGUGCAGAUCACCAAACAAAUUUGCAUUUACAAUUUUAUCUUACACAUAUUCAUACUGAGUUCACCCAAAACCAAUGCACUUCAAACACAUCUUACAGUCACAACUCUGACAACUAUUGGGAUAAAUACAUGUAUCACAAAUCUUUGAAGUAGCUUUUUUUAUCCACCUAUCCAGAUUUUAUUACAAUAAAAAGAACCACACACCCUAAUGAAUAUGGAUGAAUAUUUUUCUACCUUACAGCAUAGUAUGAAUCUGAAAUUCUGCAUAAUGCUUCAAGCUUUGUUUUCCUCCCCCCAGCCAUACAAUAAAAAACAAAUGUUAGAGAUAAAUAUACAGAAUGUAUAUGUAGAUGUCUGUCUAACUGACUUUUUAAUUUACUGUCUUAAACAUUUUUGUUUUAGUGUUGAAUAUACAAACAAGUGUACGUACAAAGAGAUUUGGUGGUGGUUGAGUUAAAGUCACAAAACUCUCUUUUCAGCUUCUUUGAGAGCUGCUGUGUUUCCUGUGUGGGGUGAACAUUUAGAAAAAGUGAGGACAGUACUGAGACAUGUGUCCUGUAAAAAUGUUUUUAAUCACACAGCAGUUUUGCUUUGAAGGUAAUCAAGAUUCAAAGAUUUUGAGAGACCUUGAUUCCUCCAGCAUUUCAACCCAGAAAGUGUUUAGUAAAGAAGAAUGCAUAGUGUGUUGUUCCAGACACUCAACUCAAGUGUUUGAAUUGUGUGUUUCAAAGAAGCGAACCCACUAAACACAUGCGCACUGAAGUAACAUGUAUGUACUGUUGUAAUGUGUUGAAAUGAAGGAUCUUAGUCCAUAAUAAGUAUGUCAAACAAAUAAAUUUUUGUAAACUGGUUACAUUUAGCUUGCAUGGGAAUGUUACUCAUAAUAA